AGCUUCCCUGGCAUUAACCGUUCCAUAAAUGUCUCCACUUUGGCAACAAGACAUUUACUUUUUAUAUAUUCAGCAGCAGGAUCUUUCCCACAUGCGCCAGUCAGUAGGAUGCAGAGCCUGUCUCUGCUCCAGUCACAGCUGAAAAAAAGAGAUGCCCAUAAACCACGUACCCUUCCCCACAAACUUCAAAAAGUUGGGUCGGCCUCCCUUCACGGAGCUAGGACUGAUUUUGGGGCCCCGGAUAUACUGGACCUGUUCGCUGUGGAGCGACCUACCUGCUCGGAUGCCAGGGGGCUGGAUGAGACAGGCGAAGUGUUUGAGUUUGUUGGGGUUUUUUUUCCCAACACUGCCUGUUAACAGUUCUACAGUAGUCCUCAUUAUACUCGAAGUACUGUAUUUCCUCCAUUUGUAGGCAUGCUCCUUUCCCCCGAUGUUAACAUUUUUGAAACCAGGAUACAUCUUAACAGAGAGGCUAAAAGGACUUGCCCUCUGCUAGGCAGCCACGUGGGUGGUGAUGUGUCUUGUCACUGCUCGCCCAUGUGAAAAUGCAGCCAUGUGCAGUUGAGAUACUGGAAAUGAACUUUAAAUUGAGAUCUCUUGCUUUUAAAAAUAACUUUAAAAUACCCUGGCCCAAUAGCUCACUUGGUUAGAGCAUCCUCCUGAUGGGCCAAGGGGUUUCAUCCCAGGCGGUAGAACAACAAAUGGAUAUCUCUCCCUCUCUAAAAUAAUAAACAAACAAACAAACAAACAAACAAAAACUUAAAAAGAUAAUGCUGUGAAGCAGCAUUAAAGCAAAAGUUUUAUAGUAAUGUUUAUUAAAGGUUUACUACGUGCCUGCCAUUGUCUCAAUUAAUCAACUUUACAACCCUAUGAAGUACAAUUAUUAUUCUUAUUUUAUAGAUGAAGAAACUGAAGCUCAGAUAAUUGAAGUGCCUUAGAGCUUUUAAGUGCAAGAGUCAGGAUUCUAACCCGGGCUGUCUGAUUCCAAAGCUGCCCUCUUUCAAGUCUGUAUCCAGGUAGAAGAUGCAUGCAGCUUAUAAGGAGGGAAGUCAAGGCAGGAUCCGUGCAUGUCUGUGUAUCUUUGGCUGUUUGUAUAUAUGUGUAUGGAACUGGGAGACAGAGUCACCUCCAAGAGCAUUGAUUAUACUUAUUCCCACAUUGGUGCCAAAUCUUUGUUUUUGGAUCUUUUGCAGUUUUAAAUAUAUUUCUGCAAGUUCUGGGUUUCUGGCUAUCUGAGGGUGCUCCUGGAUCCCUCCUCCCCUGCCUUGUGCUCCUCUAGAAGAAGACAGAGGCAUGCACUCAAACCUAUGCAACCGGCUGCCUCCCAAGGAGGCAGUACUUAAUUUGAGACAGGAGUCCGUUUUUCAGACUCACCCAAGUCACAUCAGCCUCUAGGAGCCCCCAGGUUCUGGUGCUGCAGGAACAUGCCAAAGGAGAGCCCCGAGGACAAGAGACUGUGAUCAGAGGAGGACCGCACAACUGUGAAGCUUCUCAGCAGAGGUUCUGGCGGUUUCCUCCCCAGAAGUCGACAAGCCCAACUGGGCAGACAUCAUCAUGCUACAGCAGCUCUUGAUCACCCUGCCCACCGAGGCCAGCACCUGGGUGAAGCUGCAUCAUCCAGAUAAGGCCAAGGAGGGGAUGCCCCUGUGGGAGGACGUGACGAAGAUGUUCGAAGGAGAAGCUCUGCUCUCUCAGGAUACUGAUGAGACCCAGGGAGAAAGUUUAAAGGAUGAAGGGACCUCUGGGGCCAGGACAGCAGAAUUCCAGGAAAUGCUGACCUUCAAGGACAUAUCUGUGAACUUCACCCAGGAGGAGUGGGGGCAGCUGGCCCCUGUGCACCGGAAUCUGUACCGGGAGGUGAUGCUGGAGAACUAUGGGAACCUGGUCUCAGUGGCAGGAUACGAGUUUUCCAAACCUAGGGUGAUUUCCCAGUUGGAGAAAGGAGAAGAGCCAUGGAUAACAGAGAAAGAAAGCCCAGGACAUCCUAGUUCAGGCUUGAAGAGUAAAACAGAAACCAAUACGUCAGCUGCAAGGAAUGACAUUUUACAGGAACAGUUAUAUCAAGGCAUUAUGAUGGAAAGGUUCAUGAGGGGUGAUGUCACGGAAUCCACAUUGAGGAAAGUCUCCAAAUAUAACGAGUUAGAAAGGGAUCAGGACACCCAUGGAAGAGAUGUAAGACAAGCCACCUUGACCCAUAAGAAGAGGGGCCAAGAAACUAACAGAUUUGGGGAAAAUACUGUGAGCUCAAAUAUUCUUAUAGAACAGAGGUACUGUAAAUAUGACACACUUAGACAGAGGAACAAAUACAAAAUAGAUCUGAUGAAUCAUCCAGCGAGUUACAUAAGAACAAAAACCUAUGAAUGUAAUAUAUGUGAAAAAAUCUUCAAACAACCCAUUCAUCUUACUGAACACAUGAGAAUUCAUACUGGCGAGAAACCUUUCAGAUGUAAGGAAUGUGGAAGGGCCUUUAGUCAAAGCGCAUCUCUUAAUACCCACCAGAGAAUCCAUACUGGUGAGAAACCCUUUGAAUGCGAAGAAUGUGGCAAAACCUUCAGACAUCGCUCCUCCCUUAAUCAGCAUCACAGAACUCACACUGGGGAGAAACCCUAUGUAUGUGAUAAGUGUCAGAAAGCUUUCAGCCAGAACAUUAGCUUGAUCCAACAUUUGAGAACUCAUUCUGGAGAGAAACCCUUUACAUGCAAUGAAUGUGGGAAAACCUUUCGACAAAUUAGGCACCUUAGUGAACAUGUAAGAAUUCAUACUGGGGAGAAGCCCUAUGCGUGCACUGCAUGUUGUAAAACCUUUAGUCAUAGAGCGUAUCUAACACAUCACCAGAGAAUCCAUACUGGGGAGAGACCUUACAAAUGUAAAGAAUGUGGGAAAGCCUUUAGGCAGAGGAUCCACCUUAGCAACCAUAAAACUGUUCAUACAGGAGUGAAAGCGUAUGAAUGCACCCGCUGUGGGAAAGCCUAUAGGCAUGACUCGUCCUUUAAAAAACACCAGAGACAUCACACUGGAGAAAAACCUUAUGAAUGUACUGAAUGUGGAAAAGCCUUCAGCUAUAAUUCAUCACUUACUCGGCACCAUGAAAUACACAGGAGGAAUGCUCUCAGAAAUAAUGUGUAAAAAUAGUUUAUAUAUAUAAAAAAAAGAUUAUCCAACAUGAGAACAAAAGCCAAGUCCAAAUUAGUGAUUCUAUGCUUUUAAAUUUCUGGACUCUAAACUUGAGUUAUUGAUAUAAUGAUGCCAACUUCUAAUUUUGCCCGUUGUGUAAAUAAACAGUACAUUGAUAACUACUAUCUACUAACACCUCCAUACAAAGUACCUAAUCCAGAAUAAAGGAUGCUCCUUCCAACUAAAUUCAGCAA